AUGGCAGCCACAGUUCUUAUCUCCGGCGCUAAUAGAGGAAUUGGGCGUGGGCUUGUGCAAAAGUAUCUCACUCGCCCCAACACGACUGUUCUGGCAGCCGUGCGUAGUCCCAGCUCAGAGGACUCCCAAUCCUUGCAGAGUAUCGCCGCGGCCACCGGGAGCCGGGUGGUUAUUCUCAAAGUCGAUUCCACCUCAGACGAGGAUGCCCGGGAGGCCAUCGAGUUUGCGAAAUCCCAGGGAAUCACCGCCAUCGAUACCGUCAUCGCGAAUGCCGGUACAUUCACGCCUGCGGCGUACCAGCCCGUAGCCGACGUCGACGUUGCCCACGUCAAAGACCAUCUUGAUAUCAACACUGUGGGGCCAGUGCGCCUCUUCCAGGCAGUAUUCCCUCUGCUGCAAAAGUCCGAAAACGCCAAGUUCAUUGUGAUUAGCAGCUUGGUUGGCACAAUUGGGGGACUAAAGGAUAUUCCCUACCCCAAUGCCGCCUACGGGGCCAGCAAGGCGGCAGUGAACUUCUUUACGAGGAAGAUUCAUUUCGAAAAUGAGGACAUCGUCACCUUGGCGGUUCAUCCAGGUGCCGUCAAGACAGUCUCUGGCAAUGAAGCCUGCCAGGCGGUUGGCUUUCCCGAGGCAUUUGUAGAAAUCCAGGACAGUGUGAAUGCUCUUGUUGCCAAGUUUGAUGCGAUCUCCAAGGAGGAUGGCUCGGGAGAGUUCUGGGGUUACGAUGGAAGUACGAUCCCAUGGUAG